GUUCAGCAUGGCCUCCACUGGGAACAUGCUCCACAAUAGCAAAGCGGACGUGCUGGCUGGAACUGACAGGUAAAACGCAUUGUGGUGCUAGACAAGGCAGCUAAUGCUUUUGAUGACCAAUAUAUUGGAUGCGCUAAAGAAAUGGAUGAAAAAGCACCUGCACUGCUGGAGGAAGAAAAGUCCAAGAGCAAUCUGCUGAGACGAGUGUGGGAUAAUGCAACAAAACACUGGCAAGGAGUGAAAAAAAAGCUCUCUUUUAACUUGAAGGAUGAGUAUGGAAUAGCCAUAGCCUAUACUGACCGCUGCAAAUACAACAAUCCUGAAGCUUUUCCUACUGUAUUUAAACAGGCAAUGCAAGACACCAUAAAAUCUGAAGCUGAUAACAAGGCCAAUUUCAAAUUCAAAGCCUUUCACUAUUAUUUGACGAGAGCUUUGCAGGAAUUACAUUGGAACUGCAAUCAGCCGUACAAACAGACGGUGUACCGGGGGGUUUCUGAUGUUGAAUAUAGGUACACAAGAUCAGAGCCUAUCAGGUUUGGAUAUUUUGCCUCUUCCUCUCUUAACAAAAAGGUGGCUGAGGAAUUUGCGGAGAAGGAGUCAUCCAGCAUCUUCACAGUUUUAACCAUCCACACAAGGUUCGGCGUUGAUAUCAGUAAAUUAUCAUACAACCGAUCCCAAGAAGAAGUGUUAAUCCCAGUCCAUGAAGAGUUCAAAGUGUCCCAAAAUGAUGACUUCCACAGCACAGAACAGAACUGCAGCUACUUUCACUGUGGGAAGAAGAACUACAAGUGUUUUACCAACUCAGGGAAGAAAAACAACAUGUGUCCUAUCAACUCAGCUACUAGAGGAGGCAUCGCCUUCCCCAGCGGGAUGAGCCCUUCACUGUUUGGCGGAUCCAUCAUCCUGAUCCACGCUGCUGCUCUGAAGCUGACGGCCGGUUUCUAAAUUUCCCUAUUUGCGUUGCUCAUUUUUGCUCUCUUAACACCAAUCACAGGGAUGGGGUUUGACAGAGCUAGAGCUGUCUUGCUCUUCUGCUAGCAUUUAAAAGGGAAAUCAAUGGAGCGUCACUGGUACCUGCUUGGGCAGCUUUGAUUAUAUGCGCCGCAUUAGUAGAUCACAAUGAAAGCUCAUGAUUCUAUUUCAAAUAGGGUUUGUAUUACAAUGCUAGAGCCAUAAAUGGGUGCUUGUUGUAUAAAUCAUUUCUUAUAUUCCAGGCAAGCUCACGCUUUUGUACCAUCUUUUGAUUACUGUAGUGGAAGUUUUGUGAGCUGGCCACAGUAAACAUGUUGUUUGCAUACAUGUUGCAUUGUGCUCCCAUCCCAAGAUAUGAUCAGAGGUGUGACCUCUGAUGUGAGCUGAGCCAAAGCAUUUUUAAAGUCUCUUGUGGGUCCCCACAUUCCGCAUUUGAAAUGCCAGAGUGGGUAACAACCUUGAUAGGCUCAUUAUUAAAUGGAGAACAUACAAUUAAUAAUGAUACAGAAGAGGCAGAGGUGUUCAAUCAUCAUUUCUGUCCUGAAUUAGGAAAGAAGCAGCCUAGUUUACUUGUAUCACAUGAGAGUAAUGAAGUACUUUUCAAUCCAUUAAUAAUGAAGAAAGAUAUUAAACAACAUCUGCCAGGGAUAGCUGA